AUGGCUUGUGUUGUAGACCACCACACCCUUACUGUAAACGACAGCGAGACAACUGCUAUUGUGACGAAAGAACCUGCAGAAUUACCACCUUUGCCACAAAAUCACCAUUACUAUCAACCGGAGCAUCUGCAGGAAAAGAACGAGGAGGGGGAAGAGGAAGAAGCAGCAAAGGAGAAGACGCGCUAUACUGGGCGUAAUGUAUUUACCUUCUCUCAUGCCUCCAUACACCCCAACGCUGCAGCCGCGCGAGCCUUCCUUGACGCCCACAUCCCGCAGCCCCGCACGGACAUGGACACGCAGCGGGCCAACGUCCAGCAGCACCACUUGGAGCGGCUGCAUGCCUUUGUGGAACGCAGCGAGUUGCGUAAUGUGCUCGGCGACGCGGAGCGGGUCGUCGGCCUCAAAUCUCUUGUGCGGCUGGCGGCCGAGACGGACCUCCACCACGCCGGUCGCUGUCAAUACCCGCCGGACGUCCAGCAGUUCAUGCGCCGCACGUGGCAGGCGCUCCUCCUGCAGGUCGACGCGCACUUCGCCGCCGCCCCGCCGACCGCCGACCGCAGCCGCGAGGCGCUCGAGAACAUCUCCGGCCUCGGCGUGUGGUUCACGGGCAACAUGUCGCUCCCGCUGCGCCGACACGCCGUGCGCAUCCCAGCGCCCGACGGCACCAUGCAGGACGCCAUCGCCAUAGGCAUCGCCGCAUUCACGUACUCCUCAUACGUCAUGGAGGCACGAAGGCAGGCACAGACCGCAACACUCGCAGAGCUCGAUAGACUCUCCAAGCGACUUAAUGUAAAGCUCUGCUUUCUGCCUCCCCUAGUGCUCCCAGAGGAAGCCCCACGGGACCUCCAAGAGGCCACUCUCACUGAUAAUAUUGAUGCUUCUCAAAAUGAGAUGUAA